AACAGAAAAAAAAAAAAAAAAAGGAGCCAUGAAGCUUCUUCUUCUCCUUCUACUUCUCCUCCACAUUUCUCAGUCCUUCACCGCCGGACGUCCAAUCUCCGAGUACCACGCUCUUCUCUCACUCAAAUCCUCCCUCACCGGCGGAGAAAAUGACCAACACUCACCUCUCACCUCAUGGAAGCUUUCGACGAGCUUCUGUCUGUGGACCGGUGUCACGUGCGACGUCUCUCGCCGUCACGUGACCUCCCUCGACCUCUCCGGUCUCAACCUCUCGGGGACUCUCUCCUCCGACGUAGCUCAUUUACCUCUGUUGCAGAAUCUAUCAGUCGCUGCUAAUCAGAUCUCGGGUCCUAUUCCGCCGGAGAUAUCCAAUCUCUCGGAGCUCCGUCAUCUCAAUCUCUCCAAUAAUAUCUUCAACGGUUCGUAUCCCGAUGAACUCUCCGCUGGAUUGGUGAACCUCCAAGUUCUCGAUUUGUACAACAACAAUCUCACCGGAGAUUUGCCGGUUUCAAUCACUAAUCUAACACAGCUCCGUCAUCUUCACCUUGGUGGGAACUACUUCGCCGGCAAUAUCCCGGCGGUGUACGGAACCUGGCCUGUUCUCGAAUACCUAGCGGUUUCCGGCAACGAGCUAGUCGGGAAAAUCCCUCCGGAGAUCGGAAACCUAACGAGUCUUCGAGAGCUUUACAUCGGAUACUACAACGCGUUCGAAGAUGGUCUUCCGCCGGAGAUUGGAAAUCUAUCGGAGCUCGUUAGGUUCGACGCCGCUAAUUGCGGAUUAACAGGAGAGAUUCCGCCGGAGAUUUGGAAGCUUCAGAAGCUCGACACGCUUUUCCUGCAAGUGAACGCCUUCUCAGGGCCAUUAACUCCGGAGCUAGGGAUGAUUUCGAGCUUGAAAUCAAUGGAUUUAUCUAACAAUAUGUUCACCGGAGAGAUUCCGGCGAGUUUUGAACAGCUGAAGAACUUGACGCUCUUGAAUCUCUUCAGGAACAAACUGUACGGUGCAAUACCUGAGUUCAUCGGUGACUUGCCGGAGCUCGAGGUGUUGCAGCUUUGGGAGAACAAUUUCACCGGAAGCAUCCCUCAGAAAUUGGGGGAAAACGGUAAACUAGUGAUUCUCGACCUUUCCUCCAACAAACUCACCGGAACUUUGCCGCCGAAUAUGUGCUCCGGUAACCGGUUAAUGACUUUAAUCACUCUCGGCAACUUCUUAUUCGGUUCGAUCCCGGACUCGCUCGGCGAAUGCGAGUCUUUGACCCGGAUCCGAAUGGGCGAGAAUUUUCUCAACGGGUCGAUUCCGAAGGGACUUCUCGGGUUACCCAAAUUAUCUCAAGUGGAGCUCCAAGAUAAUUACCUCACCGGAGAGUUACCAGUAAGCGGAGGAGUCUCUGUAAACCUUGGUCAGAUCAGUCUUUCAAAUAACCAGCUCUCGGGUCCAUUACCGCCGGCCAUCGGAAACUUCUCCGGCGUCCAAAAACUACUCUUGGACGGUAACAAGUUCUCCGGUCAGAUUCCGUCGGAGAUUGGGAGGCUUCAACAGCUAUCAAAGUUGGAUUUUAGCCACAAUCUCUUCUCCGGCCGUAUUACGCCGGAGAUCAGCCACUGUAAGUUGCUAACGUUCGUUGAUUUGAGCCGUAACGAGCUUUCCGGUGAAAUCCCCAACGAAAUCACGAGUAUGAGGAUCUUGAACUACUUGAAUAUAUCGAGAAACCAUCUCGUGGGCUCGAUCCCUGUGACGAUAGCAUCAAUGCAGAGUUUAACAUCUGUUGAUUUCUCUUACAACAACCUCUCCGGUUUGGUUCCGAGCACUGGACAGUUCAGUUACUUCAAUCGAACAUCGUUCUUGGGAAAUUCUGAUCUUUGUGGUCCGUAUUUGGGUCCUUGCAACGGCAAAGGAACUCACCAGCCUCAUGUUAAGCCUUUAUCCGCUACUACGAAGCUUUUACUCGUCCUCGGAUUGCUCUUCUGUUCGAUGGUGUUUGCUAUAGCUGCCAUAGUCAAAGCUCGGUCAUUGAGGAACGCGAGUGACUCCAAGGCAUGGAGAUUGACUGCUUUCCAGAGACUAGACUUCACUUGUGACGAUGUCUUGGUCUCUCUCAAGGAAGACAACAUCAUCGGUAAAGGUGGAGCCGGGAUUGUCUACAAAGGCGUGAUGCCUAGCGGAGAACUAGUCGCGGUCAAGAGAUUGGCUACAAUGUCUCAUGGAUCUUCACACGACCACGGGUUUAACGCCGAGAUUCAGACUUUAGGUAGGAUCAGACAUAGGCACAUCGUGAGGCUGCUUGGGUUUUGCUCAAACCACGAGACGAAUCUCCUUGUGUACGAGUACAUGCCUAAUGGUAGCUUAGGAGAGGUUCUUCAUGGGAAGAAAGGUGGUCAUUUACAUUGGGACACACGUUACAAGAUAGCUCUUGAAGCAGCUAAGGGUCUUUGUUAUCUCCACCACGAUUGUUCUCCGUUGAUCGUUCACAGAGACGUCAAGUCUAACAACAUCCUCCUCGAUUCCAACUUCGAAGCUCAUGUCGCCGAUUUUGGUCUCGCCAAGUUCUUACAAGAUUCCGGCACUUCUGAAUGUAUGUCCGCCAUUGCUGGCUCCUACGGCUACAUCGCUCCAGAAUACGCGUAUACAUUGAAGGUGGAUGAGAAGAGCGAUGUGUACAGCUUCGGUGUUGUUCUUCUGGAACUCAUCACCGGGAGGAAACCAGUCGGAGAAUUCGGAGACGGCGUCGAUAUCGUUCAGUGGGUAAGAGGCAUGACGGAUUCAAACAAAGACUGUGUGCUCAAAGUAAUCGAUCUUAGACUCUCUUCAGUACCUAUUCACGAAGUAACGCACGUCUUCUACGUUGCGAUGCUCUGCGUUGAAGAACGAGCGGUGGAGAGGCCGACGAUGAGGGAAGUCGUUCAGAUCCUCACCGAGAUCCCAAAGAUCCCCAUUUCGAAGCAGAAGGCGGCGGCGGAAUCAGACGUGACGGAGAAAUCUCCGGCGAUGAAUGAAUCGUCGCCGGAUCUCCUAAGUUAUUAGAAUCAGGGAUUUCGAUGGGUUUUACGUUUUACAAUUACAGUGAAUGUGCGAUGACGGAGGGGUAAAUAUGUCGUUUUAAUCUCGUCUCGGAUUUAUUAGUUCGGUCUUAGUGGUUUUAAGUUCGAUUGAGGUUGUUUCAUUUCUUACCGCUGUUUUUUUUUUCUUCCCACGAAUAUUUCGAGUAGUUUUUAUAUCUUUUGUUAGGAAUUUUGAAUAUGUACAUUCCGGUUGGAUGUCGUAAGGUAAAUGUUAAUUUUCAAGUUAAUUUUGAA